AUGGGCGACGACUACCCAGCAGUAGGGACGACCUUCUCGCUCCCUCUUCCCGCCAUCCUCGACUCGCUGCGCGCCGUUCGCCCCCUCCUGCUCUCACCCUCCCACGCGCCCUCAUCGACAGACGAGGUCCACCUCGAACCGCGUCAGGUCGAGUUGCAGACGAGGGCACACCCGCUCGGCAAGGGUGUGACGGUCCAGUGCAAGCUGGGGUCGAGGAAGGGCGGGCGCAGGAGACCGGGCGAGAAGAGGCUGUCGGACGACGAGUUGUGCAGCUUCCGCCUCGUCCUGCAACUCUCCGACUCGACCGCUGACCGUUCCGCCCCCUCCUAUGUCGUCACCGAGUCUCUCCCACACUCUCACUACACUCAUCAGCACCAAAACACCCUCUUCCCUCGCGACUGCUUCGAGAAUGACGCCCCCUCCAUCACGCUCGACCCCUCCCCCUCCUCCCGCAUCGACUUCGAAAACCGCCUUCUCGUCUUCCGCUCAGGCUAUACCGUCCCCAUUCUUCAGUCCGAUAUCCCCCGCACGACAGCGCACUAUCGCUCCUCGAACCGUCGACGCCCCGCUGCUUCGCUCGACCACGACGAGAACUGGCGGCUUUGGGAGGAUGUAGUUGGACUUGACGGCGCACGGGAGGCGAAGCGGCAGAGGAGGGAUGUCGUCAGAGAGAUGGGUGGGAUGGGCGCGCUGAAGGCGUGGGGAUGGGUCGACGGGCUUGACGAGUUUGGGGAGGGGGAGGAGGAGGAGGAGGAGGAGGAGGAGCGGCUCGCGGAAGAAGUCGCCCAGCACGGGACGGUCAUGGACGAGGCGAGUGGCCCGAUCGGUACUACUGAGGGUCGAGUGGACGUGGCACGUUCGAUCGGCGAAGAAGUCGGGAACGAGCAAGACGCUGGCGAUGAAGGCGAGCAGAACGGCGUUGCCUCAGCCUCUCCCUCGCCGCCUCCCUCCCUUCCUCCCCAAGGUCAACAAGCAUCGUCGGGAAUCAGCAAGAGGAGGCGUUCGAGGACAACCGCCUCGCCCGCCUGGCUGCCUGGCAUCGCUCGCAGCUCCCGCCACGCCACUCGCCGCGUCGCCUCUGUCGAAAUCCCGGAGGCCACGGAUACUGAGCGCAACGUCUACAGCGGGAUAGCGGCGGAACAGCAGGAGCAGAUCGACGAGAUGGACGAAGCGAUGCGACAGGACGAGGAGGCGCUCGACAAACUCGCUGCAGACGUCGCAGCUUUCCUCAUCCGCCCGCAAAGGAUGCAAAUUAUGUCUCGAUCUACCACGCUCACCGACAUCGCAGCUCCUUCAUCCUUGACGCCUUUCACGCCUCCUCCGCGCAACUUCCGCCCUGCUUCGCCCACAUCGCCGACCGACUCUGCCGUCACCGCCUCGUCGCCCGCCGGCUCGUACUUCUCACCUUGCGGAGAACGCGACACGUCGCUGUCGAGCGUCGAGACGCCGACUCGAACGUUUGCGCGGCCGCGCGCUCGCAGCGUUCGUUUCGCCGACGAGGAAGAGGCGAAGCAGGUUCGCGCGGCGGUGAGUGCGCCGGCGAGCGUAAUGAUGGAGUGCAAGCACGAAGAGAAGCAGGAGUUGGUGUCGGACGACGUCGACAAGGAGCGGGAGCUCGACAAGGAGCGGGAGCAGCAGGCGCUUCAGGGGCUCCUCGGUCUCUCUGGCUGGCGACCGCAGCUGUCGCAUCCUUCGAGCGACGUUAUCCAGCAGUCGGCAACAGCGGCGCCUGUCGCUCAAGCGCCACCCCAGCCAGCCGUCUCGCACGCUCUUCCCGAAGGCAACGGCGCGACCGCCGCCUCGCAAAUCCCUGCCGGCCCGUCUCCCUCGGCGACCUCAGCCCUCGCCUUCCGCCCUCGCGUCUCCUCAAAAGCCGCAGCUCGUCGACUAAUGCCUGCGUCUGCACUCUUCAUCCCCAGCACACGCAAGAGCGCGCUGACCUUCUCAAGUCGCGCUUCGAAGCCAUUCACGCCUCUCACGGUGCAAGCCAGCGGUGCUGCGAGGGCCGUGGCAGUUGCGCAAGCGAGUGCGCGAGAGUGGGAGGGGCGGCAGCAGCAGCAGGGUGCGAGCGGAGGCGGAAGGGUUGGGGGGUCGACGUUGUCCGAGCAAGAGGAGAUGGCGCACGCAGAGGCUUUCAAGGAACGCUUGUGGAGAAGCGGCGGAGACUUUGAAGGGGGAAGGCUCGAUUCGCUGUACUCGGCUACUACGCUCGCGAAGAAGCUCGAGCAGAUCCGUACCGUCACGCCUUUCGCGACUCCCUCGAUCUUCCGCACUCCGUCAAGCGCGGUCUACCUCUCCCUCCUCAGCACGCCGCACCGUCCUUCUCGCGCUCGCCUCCCCAGCCUUCAGUCUCUCCCGACUUUCGACACUCCGCCCGACGUCCUCGCUCUCUUCAACGACAAGCGCGUUCGUCUCGCUCUCGAGUACCUCUACGGCCGGAGCGUGUCGACGAAUGAGAUGGCUUUCCUCGAGCGGCGGGAGAAGGCGGUCUGGGCGCUGGCGAGGACGAUGGCGGCUGUGGCGGACGUCAACGAGCGUGCGAUGAGGGUGCGAAGUAGCGGCAUCGAGCACAACGAGCCGAAGUGGCAGGCUCGCGGAUAA